GGCCUCCCAGCACAGACUUCGGUGCGUUUUACUGCAGAUUCCUGCAUGCAUGGCAACUUCCAUCACGCAAUAUUGCUUAUAGUGCGCUGCAGGCCAAUGGCAGCCCGGCAACGCCCUGGGGGCCGUGUCAAUUCAUACGCAUCUUAAACUAGGAGGCACGUCCGGCGUAAGUCGGUAGUCGCCCCUCUUGCUGUAUCGAUCUCGUGCCUCCACGCCGCUACGCUAUCUUCCCGUAUGGAGCAUCGUGAUCUUCAUCAUGGCGACUAGCACCAUAGCUGUGCCUAAGCCGGCGAUGACGCCGCCGCCAGGCCAAGAGUACGAUCCAACUGACCCUCCGAAUGCUCUAUGGAGGUUCAACGUCGCCGCGCAGGCUGUCUGCAUGACAGUGGCGACUAUCCUGUUCUUCAUGAGAUGUUUUAUACGGUUGGGACUGAGUCGCAUGCCAAGGCAAUGGAUUCUCGAGGACUGGAUGGUAACGUUGUCAUUCAUCGGGCUUGCCUGCUACAGUGCGCUCAUCACCUAUAUCAUGGACUCCGAUGGCGGUGUUCAUCAGUGGAACCUCCUCAAACCUACGAUAACCAAGAUCCUCUACUAUUUUUACAUCGAAUCAAUCAUCUACGGGCCAAUCAUUUUCUGCACCAAACUCGCCAUCCUACUUAUGUAUCUACGCCUCCUCAUUCCGUCCCGCUGGUCUCCUCUAUGGACAUCCGUGCACGUGUUCAUUGCGAUCUGUGCCGCAUUCUAUACGGGCCUCACUCUGGUCAAGAUAUUUCAGUGUAAUCCUAUUCCGAGAACCUGGGACAAGAGUAUCCACGGGAAGUGCAUUAACACGCCUGUUCUCCUUCAAGUCAGUGGGCUCUUUAAUACAAUUACUGAUGCCCUCAUUCUGCUGGUGCCUGUCAGGGCAGUUUGGGAUUUAAAAAUGACGUGGAAGAAGAAAGUGGCUGUUUGCGCCGUCUUUGGUAUUGGUUGCAUAGCGCCUGUAUUCAGCGCUAUCGGCUUUACAUAUCGUGUUAGGGCCGCAAAGAGCGCCGAUCUGACCUACAAUAACCCUCUCAUGCUUCUGUGGGCUACCGCCGAGAUAACAACAGGUAUAAUAUGCGCCUGCCUCCCAACUCUUCCAACUCUUUUCCGCCGCCGCCGCCAAAACACCACUUUAACUAGCUCACACUCCCAAUCCACACCACACAGCGUAACGCGCUCCUACCAGCGCAACAAAACCUUUGAAUACGGCGAGUACCUCGAGCUCGACGAAACCCCCGGCAGUAGCAGCCCGAAUCGAGAAGAAGUCGUCACUACAGUUAAAGGCGGCGCAAGUCCUGCGGCCAGCCUGAAUAUGAACGAUGGUUGGGGCACUGCGAGCUCCGAACGCUUAACUGAGGAAGAAGAAAGGAGAAACGGGGCGCAUGGCAAUAGUAGGGGCAUUGUGAGGACUGUGAGGAUUGAGCAAACAGGGUCGGUUUGAUGGAUGGAUCGUAAUCUUGACCAGCAUAUGCCUGCCGUUGUAUGUAUAUAUAAAACACCUGGGAUAUCUAGGCGACAUCUAAACUGUAGAUAGUUCUGGACGAUUG